AUGGAACAACAAAAGAAAAAUCGCAAAGUAGUUCGCACUUCUUUCACGAAGGUAGCAAAUGAGCUUUUGGACUUGCUAUCUAAGGCAGGAGUAGAGCAGCGGCUAGUGCAGGUUUCUUGGAAUAUUCUCCAGCAAAAACAUGAGAAUCUCAAAAAACUAGAUGAGGAGAUUUACAAUUCGAUGCUGGUAGAAGACGCUAGUGAAAAAGAUUUGUUGACCGAGGCUGAAGGUAACGACACCUACGAACAUAAGUUCUGUGAUUUGUGCAUACGCUGUGAGGAGUUUUUUAAGCCACCUGCGUUGGCUGAUGAGGUGAGAUCGAACCACUCAUGUAGCGGUAGGAACACAAUUAUAGAACAAGGUAAGCGAAAGUUCAAGUUACCGAUAUUAGAAUUUAAAAAGUUUGAUGGGACAAUUAAAGACUGGCUUCCGUUUUGGUCCCAAUUCAAGAAAAUUCACGACGACCUUGAUUUAGACUUGGGUGAUAAGGUCGAAUAUUUAAUCCAGGCAACGGUGCCGGGUAGCCGAGCAAGACAAUUAGUAGACAGUUUUCCCGCGACCGGUAGUAACUAUUCUAAUAUUGUAAACUGUUUAAAGGCGCGAUUUGGUCGAGAUGAUCUUCAAAUUGAAGUUUACGUACGCGAGUUAUUAAAAUUGAUUAUUAGUAACGCUAUGUCUAGUGAAAAAAUUGAACUCUCGUUGCUUUACGACAAGAUAGAGACUCAAUUACGUGCGUUAGAAACACUCGGUAUAACGGCGGAUAAGUACGCGGCCAUGUUAUUCCCACUCAUAGAAUCUUGUUUUCCACCAGAUCUUCUUCGCGUCUGGCAACGCGUGCCGUCUAUGGAUAUCAGUGGGAGCAAUGGAGAAUCGAGCCUUGAAAAUCGCCUGCAAAGUCUAAUGUUGUUUUUAAAAAAUGAAGUUGACAAUGAACAACACAUAUCGUUGGCUGUAGAAGGUUUUGGUUUAGGUAUAACUAAACCCCCUAGGGAUGUUGCUAGAAAUAAGUAUCCGAAUAGCAAUAAAAUCGUACCUUCUAACUCUAUUCCCACUGCCACUGGUUUAGCAAAUAACACAAGCGAAUACCGAUGCGUUUUCUGCAAUAACAAUUCUCAUGAUAGUGAAAAAUGCUUCCGCGCACAAAAAUUGUCUUACAAGCAAAAACGCCAAACCUUAAGCGACCUAGGUGCGUGUUUUCGUUGUUUGAAAGUCGGACAUAUUUCACGAAAAUGCCGCGCUAAAAUAAGAUGUAUUAUCUGUAGCAGGUCACAUGUGGAAAUCAUGUGCCCAGGCAUCUUAGAAAAGCGGCCUCAGAACAGCGAAAUUUCUGAUAACAGUCAUAUUCCGAGUGCGGGCGCGAAUCAGACUUUAGCGAAUAGUACCAACACACGGGUAUUUUUGCAAACCCUAUGCAUAAAAUUAGAUGGUCCAAGGGGUUCAAAGACUGUGCGUGCCUUAAUAGAUACAGGGUCUCAGAAGUCAUAUAUUCUAGCGUCCACGGCCGGCAGUCUAGGUUACAUCGCCAAACAAAAGAUUAAUUUAUUGCAUGGUUUAUUUGGGGGAAAUCAAAUUUUACGGCCGCAUAAUUGUUAUGACAUUUGUCUGAGACAUAAUGAUUAUGUUUGCACCUUCGAAGCUUUGGAUCAGGAUAUUAUUUGCACAUCGGUUUCACCUGUUUUUGAAGGUCCGUGGCUGCGAGAAAUAAAUCAGCUCGGUAUAACGCUCUCCGAUACCUCAGAUGAGUUACCUAUUGAGGUACUAGUUGGCGCAGAUGUCGCAGGCAAGUUGUAUACGGGCCAGAGAUACGUUUUGCCAUGUGGUUUGGUCGCAAUGGAAACCCUUUUGGGAUGGUCAUUGAUGGGGAAAAUACCUGAGGAUGAGAAUAAUGCAAGAACCAUUACAGCUUUAUCUCUUUUUAUCAGCGAUUCGUCCUUAGCUAAUUUGUGGGAAUUGGAGACUCUAGGUAUUACGGAUCCAGCAGUGCAGAGAACACGAGAAGAGAGUGCUUUGGCCGCAAAGGAUUUCUUCUUGAAAACAGUGACAGUUAAUAGCGAAGCGCGGUACGAAGUUCGACUACCGUGGGUAGAAAACCAUCCAGAGUUGCCAAGCAACUAUAACAUUGCGAAGAAAAGACUUGACAUCACCGUGAGAAAGCUGCAUCAGGCUGGGCUAUUCGAGCCAUAUAACCAAAUUUUUAACGAAUGGCUUGAAGAGGGUAUUAUCGAAGAAGUUUCCGACACAAACCCUAAUACCGAGGCCCACUACCUGCCACACCGACCGGUUGUCAAGGUGUCGAGCACGACAAAAAUAAGGCCGGUAUUCGACGCUUCCGCAAAAGAAAGGGCAAAGCCCUCACUAAAUCAGUGCCUCGAAAAAGGUUUAAAUCUCAUAGAGGAAAUACCGAAUAUUUUGCUGAGAUUUAGGGCCAAUAAAAUCGGGGUGAUAUCUGAUAUUAAAAAAGCCUUUUUACAAAUUAGCCUGAAUGAAGCCGACCGGGAUUAUCUCCGAUUUUUAUGGGUCUGCCGAGAUGGAAGUCAAAAGAUUUUUCGACACCGUAGAGUCGUCUUUGGUAUAAACAGUAGUCCAUUUUUAUUAGGGGCUACUUUAGAAUACCAUUUGAACAAAAAGCUACAAGAGACAUAUGCCCUAGAAACCGUCCAGCGAUUGUUAAAGGGUUUUUAUGUCGACAAUUGUGUCACGAGUGUGGACAGUAUGGAUACUUUAAGAACAUUCAUCGAAGAGGCGUCUCUGAUAAUGGCCGACGGCGCUUUUGAAUUAAGAGGGUGGGAGUACACAGGCCAAAUGCAGGUAGACGCAUAUAAAGGCUCCUCGGUACUUGGGAUGAGAUGGGACACCGCUAAAGACACCUUAGGCGUUAAAAUUGACCUGGAACGCCCUGACGAACUGCUUAGUAGGCCGGUGACAAAAAGGUUUAUGUUGUCAUUGACCCAGAGAGUAUUUGACCCUAUAGGAUUUACCUGUCCAGCGACACUGUAUCCUAAGAUUUUAUUGCAGCAGACUUGGGAAAAAUCAAUGGGUUGGGAUAUCCCGGUAGAGGAGGAAAUGGCACACAAUUUUCGAUUGUGGAUCAAAGAGCUUCCCUUUUUGAUGGAAAUAAAAAUUCCCAGAUGGGUGGAAUGUGAUGAUGCCAGGCAGUUAAGUAUACAUACGUUUUGCGACGCCAGUAAAAGUGCAUUUUCUGCAGCAGUUUUUCUUCGAGGCAUUGGACACAAUGGACGGGUUUUUGUUCAUUUACUGACAGCCAAGUCAAGAGUAGCACCAUUAAAGAAAUUAUCGAUACCUAGACUUGAAUUGAUGGCUGCUGUCAUUGGAGUCCGUUUAUUUAACAGUGUUAAGAGAAACUUAAAGAUUAACGCUGAAGCAUUUUUUUGGACCGACUCUUCUACAACUCUGUUUUGGAUACAACAUGAAGAAGAGUGGGCUACGUUUGUCUGGAAUCGUGUGGAAGAAAUACGAAAAUCAACUGCAGUUAAAGAUGUGCCGGGUGUGUCUAAUCCUGCUGAUCUACCGUCACGUGGAUGUUCUGCUGGAAAGCUACUCAAAUCGAAAUGGUGGGAGGGACCGGAAUGGCUAUACAAGGAUGUUGCCGAGUGGCCUACAGAGAAUUUCGAUUUAAUUGAAGCAGAAAUAUCCCAGGAAAGAAAGAGAAAACUUAUUACCUCAUUAGUUAACAAAGAGACGGAGCUGGCAGUGACAAUGAAUACCGAAGAUUGGCACCUUAACUACUUUUCAAAAUAUACAAAGACGAUAAGGAUGCAAGCCUGGAUACAUCGCUUCCUACACAAUAUAAAAAACAGGAACAGCAAGCGUGAGGGCCCUAUUACUGCCGAGGAAUUUAUUUUAGCCGAACAACAGGUAUUAAAAGUCACACAACGCGAUAGUUUUAAGGAAGUAAACGAUAAACACUUGUCUUCUCUCGACGUGUUUAAGGACGAACAUGGACUUUUACGGUUAAGGUCUAGAAUAAGUAACAGAAAAGACUUAGAAUUAUUUAGACAUCCGAUAGUGUUGCCUAAUAAACACCCUGUUAUUACACAGUUGAUAUCACAAGAACACUCAAAAGCAUGCCACGUGGGUGUUCAGGGACUUACUAGCUUAUUGCGUGAAAAAUUUUGGAUUUUGGGUAGUAGACGCGCGAUAAAAGCAGUGAUAUCUAAGUGUGCGGUGUGCAGGAGACAUAACAGUAAGCCAUUUUAUGAAGGCGCUCCACCUCUACCCUCAGACCGUGUUCGCGAUGCUGCACCUUUUGAAGUCAGUGGCGUAGAUAUGACGGGCCCUCUAUACAUCAAAACUGGUGAAAAAGUGUGGAUAUGCAUUUUUACCUGUGCAAUCUAUCGCGCUGUACAUUUGGAAUUGUGCAUGUCUCUAUCAGUAGCGAGUUUCAUGCAAGCCCUAAGACGCUUUAUUGCCAGACGUGGGCGGCCAAAGACGAUCUACAGUGACAAUGGGACAAAUUUUGUAGGCACGGACAAUAUGUUUUCGCGCGUGAACUUUCGCGAAAUUGUGGAGAAAAGUGGCGUUGAACGUAUUAAGUGGCGCUUUAACCCCCCAACUGGUUCAUGGUGGGGGGGGUUUUGGGAAAGACUGAUCGGGAUCCUAAAACCACUAUUAAGAAAAGUGCUGGGUCGCGCUUCUCUCUCAUACGAGGACUUAUCUACCCUGAUUUGUGAUUGCGAAGCAAUCAUAAAUUCACGACCUAUAACAUUUGUGUCGAAUGAUCCGGAAGAUCUAACUCCAUUAACACCGAUGAUGUUUUUAAGAGAUUUGACGGAGGGUGUUGUUCCUGAUUUUGACGAGGCAGACCGGAAAACUCUUUGCAGGAAAAUAAUAUAUAAAGCCAAGUUAAGAGAAGAUCUGCAAAAAAGGUUCCGGAGCGAGUACCUGGGACAGCUUCAGUUCCUACAAAAACGUCGAGGAGGUCGGCAGAUAGCGGUGGGAGAGGUUGUACUAAUCGGGAAUGACCAGGAUAAACGCAUAAAUUGGCCAAUGGGGAGAGUAAGCGAAGUGAUACAUGGCAAAGAUAACAGGGUUCGCCUGGUUAAGGUUAUUUCGCGUAAAGGCCAGUAUUUACGACCCAUACAGCGCCUUUAUCCAUUGGAGUGUACAGACCCUUCCGAGUACAACUUGAGGACUGACAGAUCGAAAAAUUCCAAGGAAAACGAAGGGACCAACAAUGAUCCAGCCGCUUCAGCAGCAGUGAGUGAAAGUGCGGAAAAAAGUGAGGCGAAUUCGGGAGUGAUUAAAAGCAGAGCACCCGCAGAGAAAGUGAUUACGCGAAGUGGGCGUGAAAUUAAAUCUCCUAGGAGAUAUGGUGUAGAAUAA